UGUCUGCGGGAGCAUGGCUGCCAUCAAGGCUCUGGAGCAGUGGUGCAGGCUGCAGUGCGACGGCUACAGAGAUGUGGCCGUCACCAACAUGACCACUUCAUUCAGGAGCGGGCUGGCUUUCUGUGCCCUCAUACACAAAUACAGACCGGACCUCAUAAACUAUGACUCACUCAGAAAGGAGGAUGUGUUCGAGAACAACAGACUGGCUUUUCAGGUCGCAGAGGAGAAGUUGGGGAUCCCGGCCUUGUUAGAUGCAGAAGACAUGGUGGCCUUAAGGAUCCCGGACAGGCUGAGCAUUCUCACCUACGUCUCCCAAUACUACAACUACUUCAAGGGACAAGCAAUGGGAGGUGUGAAGAGGCCAGCAGAGGGCUCCAAGGAGGAGCCGUCCGAGAAGAAGAAUCUCCCUGUGGUCGCCAAACCCUUUGUGUCUAAAACCACGGCAGAGAAUCGUUCACCGUCCACUCACACGGCUCAGACGUCCCCCAAACUGCCCAGAGCUGCUGCUCAGAAGGUGGUUUUGGCAGAAAACGCGAACAAAUCCGGGACUCUCAACAGCAAGUGUGUGGCAUGCAAGAACCACGUCCAUCUGGUGCAGAGGCACUUUGUGGAAGGCAAGCUCUUUCACAGGAGCUGUUUCAAAUGCAGCGAGUGCUCCGGCACGCUCCACGCAGGAGGCUACAAACUCGGGAAGACUCCGGACUCUUUCAUCUGCAGCGCCCAGCACAAAAGUUGCAAACCUCCCUCCUCUGAGGUCGAGAGCAAAAACGUUCCCGCCACAUCACCUGUGCGAUCAAAUGGUGCCAGCCAGACCCAGAAUGCACUGCGGCCGCCGUCUGUGCUGUCAGCCCCGCUCAGUAUCAUCAAGAAGCAAGUCAGUGCGACUCCACCUCCCCUGGCCUGGACGUCGUCGGCCCAGAGGACGCAGGUGGCCCGGCAGAGGUUUUUCCAGACUGCUUCGCCGGUGACGCAGACCUCAGCUGACAACAGGAAGCCCACGGAGCCCUCAGGUGGUUGGGAGAGGCCAAAGGUCACGCUGAGCCUUAAUGACGAGAUGAGCAGAGCCAGGAACACAACUGGAAGGAAAGUAGCUGAAGAAAACUGCAACAACAACAACAAACGCGCGUUUACCGUCCGUUCGGCAGAGAGGCGGUUUGGAGACGGGCCAAGUUCAGCUGACAGCCCCGGGUCGAGAAAGGAGAAACGCAGCCAAGGCCCAGCAGGAAACCGGGCAGGACAGCGCUCCACCAGCCAGGCGGACAAUAAGGAAUCGCCACGUCUGAAGGCCGCAGACAAAGACGACACGGGGCCAACGACUGCACACGCAACCGCCAAAGAUCCGGUUUGCCGAGAGGGCCAAUCAAAGAUCUACCCUGUGAGAACCGAGCUCGCUCUAAAAGAUGCUGAAGCUGAGCAACAUCCGCCUGGAUUCAUGUCCUCGCCUUCUUCUACCGGGAUUCCAACGAGGCCUCCCAGGUCCCCGGCUCCGGCGCCACCUCCGGUCUGCUUUGCUCUGUCUGACCCUGUGAACCUCAUGGACGUCUCUCCACAGAAACCCCAUCCCGACUCUGAAAACCUGGGUAUUAAACAUGGGACUGACUCACCUGUGAAAUCCCCACCCGGACGUCCAGCUGUGGAAUCGACAAGCUUCUCAACGACCACCACUCCAGGUUUUAAACGUGGGAUUCGCUCGCCGGUGAAAUCCCCCCCCAGACGUCCAGCUGUGGAAUCUAUCCGCAUUUCAACGACCAGCUCGGGUCAUGGACGUCCGUCUGGUGCUAAAAAGGGAAAGUAUUUGUCAACCACCAACGCCUCCAGGACUGAAAUGAGGUCACCCUCUGUGAAGUCCUAUCACGUCCCGGCGGAGCAGAUCGAGAGGGAGCUGAGUGAUAUCGAGACGAACUUGGCUCAGUUGGAGAAGGAGGGUGUGGAGCUGGAAAAGGAGCUCCGCGGCUGUGAGGAGGAGGGAGAGGGGGACAUAUUGAUGGACCCACUGAUGGUUGACUGGUUCAACCUGAUUCGAAGGAAGCAGAUGUACAUUAGAAAAGAGUCGGAGCUUGUAUACACAGCCAGGACGCAGGAGCUGGAGCAGCAGCAGCCAGGUGUGGAGGGGGAACUUCGCCGGCUGCUGGAGACCCCAGAUCAUUUAAAAUCCAGAGCGGAUCGACAGCGGGAGACCACGUUGAUGCAGAUGCUGAUGGAGAUCGUGAACGGCAGAAAUGCGAUAGUGGAGGGUCUGGACGAAGACAGGCUGAGGGAAGUGGAGGAGGAUCAGCAGUUGAAUGAAAUGAUGAAAAAUCUUGGAGUAAAGAAAACUAAAAAUAAGAGGAAGUCCUCCAUCUCAAAACUGUUCAGACGAAGAAGUAAAAGACGAGUGGAAUGAUCCUCAUGGGUUUUAUUGUUUUUAUUUUUGUUGUUAUUUUUUAAAUUGUAUUUAUAUUCUUUAUAAAGAUUUUAAGUCUUUUUUAUAUCUACAGUAAGUGCUGCAGUAGAUGGAGUGCUGAUGUGAAGGCAAAGAAAGAAAUUGGGAAACGUAAUGUUUUUUUGUCUGCAGUUUCAGGUUGUUUUUUUGUGUUUUGCUAAAAUGUUAUUUAGGUUCAAGACUCACUUUCAGUUCUUGGUUUGUUGGUUUUUAAGUGCGUGAAAAUUUCUGUAUAGGUCACGAUUUAAUCUUAAUUCUUUUACACAUGGGGUGACAUGUUUUUUAUGAUUGUUUUCAUGGAUAAAAAGGGGGAAAAAGAAGAGAGGUGUUUAUUUACAUGGCAAAUCCUGCUGUUUCCUUUAUAUUGAUACCGAGCUGGAGCACUCACUCAAUGUAUGGAUCUUCCUGCUAUGUAAAAAUACUGUAUAUUUAUUGCAAUUUUGGAAUGAGGCGUGUAUAUUUAUAAGACCAGCAUUUCAAAUUAAAAUGCAAUUUCUCAAAACAAGUGGAUGCUGGGAGUCGAAAUGAACUAUGGUGAAGUGUGAAUUACAAAGGGAGCACUGGCUGUUCCACGUGCAAAUGUGAAUGAGGGGGAAUAAAUGUGUAAUCCUUUCAACAGUCUCGAUCCAAAAUGAAAUUAGUUCAGUAUUUAUUUAAUAAUGGAUUUUAACAAAUUUCCUGUAAGGAUAUUAGCAGCAGGAGGAGGGGGAGGAAAAAGAAGGAGAAAAAAGGAAACGCCUCGAACAAUUGAGUUUGAAUGGCUGUGGAGUGUAAAGUGAAGAGCCACACAUGUUGAGCUGCCCGGCUGCAGCCCGGCUCGUUCCUCACCGUACUGUAGGUGGCAGCCUGGGUAUGCAGUAUCGCACCGGCGACAACUUGGAAAUCCAAUUUGCCACAGUACAGACAGUUAAUUUCUUUUGCUAAUUUUAUAAAUGCUGCAAAAAAAAAAAGAAAGAAGUGCUCGGCUGUGCUGAUGCAAUAAUGUUAUGUGAAAGAGGAUUAGGUGGAGCAGUAGCUUAUGGCCGGGGAAGGCUUAUAAACUAUAGGUUGUAUGGAGCUCUUUAUCUUCAAACCUGGUUUAAUUAAACAUUACUCUGUACUAAUAUCUGCAUCAGAAAUUGCUCGGCACCUGAGCUAUUAAAAACGUUCAGGCGACACAACGUGAGGAAAUGACAUUCGCAGUGUUUGCAGGGAAUGUGCUGUAAUGUUGCGUAUUCCAGAAGUGUGAUUGAAUGUACUUGUGCGACCGUAUAUAUUUUCCAACUUGAAAUCUGUUUUCCAAUAAAUCCUUUUUUUGAAGAUUA